GGGAUACAGCAGCUUAAGUCAAAAGAUAAUCUUGGAUACUGCCUACGAAAUACAUAAGUGAUCCUGAAUCUGCUCGAUAUCUACGCUUGCACUCGCAGAAGUCCGUUUCCAGACUGUCCAGCCCGCUCGCUCGUUCUCCAUAAACAAUAUUCGAAUCAUCACCAGGGUCGAUACAUUAUCGAUAGUUCAUGCCCCGCGCCGACGGGCUCCCGCGGGGUCCCGAACAGACCUUCCACCGCUGAAGAUUGUUCGAAAGAUCAUCCUCCUGCAGACUGCCUACUAUGUCUCCGCUACAGCCUUGAUUCUGUUCACAACUUUGGUCUACGGGACGGGGUUCUCUCUCGAUUUAGUUUUCAGCUGGGAUGCCUUAAGGGGGACACAACAAUAGGGUGGAUGCUGGGAUUAGUAUGGAUGUUGAACAGUUUACUUGGCGUGAUAUUCCUACUCCUCCUCGUGUCCCGCUCAAAGCUCAUCCCUGACUUCGCCUUGACAAUCCACUUCCUCCAUCUCAUCGCGACGUCGUUCUACACCCGCUCAAUACCCCGCAACUUGCUCUGGUGGGGUCUUCAAUGCGCCAGCGCAGCUCUGAUGACCUCUCUGGGUAUCUGGGCCUGCCAGUGGCGGGAACUCAGACCUAUCACGUUCGGGAUAGCAGGCGGUAGGGGCACGGCGCAGUCGUCUUCUAGUCCAUCCCAACCACAGACUGACGAUGUUGAAAACGAACCGUUCUUGCCAUCACGCGGACGCGGCCGAGGGCGGAACCUGGGUGAGGGGAGUGGCGAGUACGAACUCACGGAGAUGAAAGGUGAGCAGGCUGCAUAAUGCUCUUGUGGACUUGGACGACACUUUCGCCCUGAAUUCUUCAUUUUAUCAUUAAUUUUGGCGAUCCGGAUACGGCGCUACGUCGCAUCGUACCAUCAUCAUUGUGUAUACCCUAGCUGGUUGGAUUUGUAUAGAUGGCGUUGAAGUGGACGGUGCAUUAAUGUGCAAUGCUUGUGGAUGAGGAUAUAUUGCAGGAGACUGUAGCACCAUCAUGAUAUGUGCAGGCACAUUUUAGUUACAUUCUAAUAAGAUUGGACUCUCUUGCCGAUCUUAAUGGGGAUUGCACUUGGGCGGAGGGCG